GAAACACUUCCCCUCUAAUGACCUCACCAUUAUCGUUUACUUUGCUGCGAAGACAUCUCGCAACUUCAAACAAAAAUGAAUCCAAAUACAAGAACAUAAAUAAGUCUCAUCUCUCUCUCAAUCUACAUAUAUCUAUAUCUAUAUAAGUUUCUCUGGUUAUAGGUACUGAAUUUGUGGAGAAUUCGGAGCUCGAUGAAUACGUCGCAGUUCAUGGACAAGCAAAUCAUGGAUCUACAGAGCAAAACUGACUUCAUCGAUCUCAUGAACCCUCAGGAAGACCACAUCGGUGGUGGUGGUAAAAAGGAAGAGAUCUUAGCGAGUUAUGAUUUUCAACCAAUUCGUCCCGUAUCGCAGCCGUCCAAUCUCGAUUCGAGCGGUUUUGGGGGAGCUAGGGUUUGGAACUCGGCCGAUUCGAAGACCAAUGUUACUGGAGUUGGCAUCAGAAAUUACGGUUCUCUCGACUCCAUUGAACCUGAAAAAGUCAUUUUAGAGAAGGAUCGUAAUGCUUUUGAUUCAGCCUUGGUGUCUGAGAUUGAUCAAGCAAUGAAGAAACAUGCUGAUAAUCUAUUCCAUGCCUUGGAAGGCGUUAGUGCACGGCUAUCUCAGCUGGAGAGCAGAACUCGCAGCCUUGAGAAUUCUGUGGAUGAUUUGAAGGUAUCUGUUGGAAACAAUCAUGGAAGCACUGAUGGGAAAAUGAGGCAACUAGAGAACAUUCUUAGAGAGGUACAAGCUGGUGUACAGGAUGUAAAGGAUAAGCAGGAAAUAGUGGAGGCUCAGUUGCGGCUUGCAAAGCUUCAAAUGCCCAAGGUAGAGCAUCACUCAGAAGCGCAAAACACUGUGCACAUUGAUUCUAUGCAGCCGGCAGCCUCUGCUCCUCAGCAAUCUCACCAAAAUUUUCCUCCUGUGGCUAUUAUACAACCACCUUCGGGUCUUCCUCCACCCAAUGCUCCUCCUCCACCCCCCUCACAACAGAACCUCCCACCUCCAGUUCAUCUUCAGAACCAAUUCCCCCAGAACCAGAUUCUUUCUAUUCCUCAGCGUGAGUCUUACUUCCCCCCACCUGGUCAGACACAAGAAGCUACAAAUCAGCAAUUCCAACUACCUCCUGCACAGCAGCAGCAACAGCAGCUUCCCCCACCACCACCGCCACCACCACAGCAACAGUAUCAGCCUCCUCAUUCUCAAUACUCUCAGCCACCUACACCGCCUCAACAGCUUCCAUCACUCUCAUCUGUUAAUCCUCCUCAACCUCAACCUCAACCUCAACCUCAACCUCCACUAGGUCAUCGUCCUGAAGAAAUACCUUACUUACCAUCUCAGACCUAUCCACCAAACCUUCGCCAACCACCCUCUCAUUCACACAGUGGAGCACCUCCCACCCCACAGUUCUAUGGGUCUCCAUCCCCAAUGUAUGAGCCGCCAUCCAGUAGACCUGGUCCUGGAUUAUCUUCAACAUAUGGUUCGUUAUCUGGGCCUGUUGAACCAUAUCCUUAUGGUGGACCAUCUUCUCAGUAUGGAAAUGGCUCUGCAAUAAAAUCGCAGCAACUUCCUUCUCCUGCUGUGGCCCAGAGUGGUGGAAGUGGUUACCCCCAGCUUCCAACUGCUAGGAUACUACCGCAAGCUCUGCCUACUGCAUCUGGAGUCGGUAGUGGAUCUGCUUCUACUGGGGCUGGAAAUAGGGUUCCUAUUGAUGAUGUGGUUGACAGAGUAACAAAUAUGGGAUUCCCGAGAGACCAAGUUAGAGCCACAGUACGAAAGUUGACAGAGAAUGGACAGUCGGUUGAUUUGAAUGUAGUGCUGGAUAAAUUGAUGAAUGAUGGAGAAGGCCCCCCGAGAGGUUGGUUUGGCCGCUGACAUUGUUCUUCUAAUUGUACAUGUAAAAAGGCAUCGGGAUUGAUUGUUUUCGGAUCAGCUUUGUUGUGAGAGACCUUUUGCCUUGGAUAGUAGGGGUUAUUCCCUUACACUGCUUUGCUGCUGUUGCGUUUUAAUGAUCUACAGUUAUUGCAGAACUGUUGUUCUUGCUGUUUAUAGAGUUUAAUGCUCCCUUUUUCUUUGUUUUUGUUUUUGUUUUUUUGGAUCUCUGUAUAUUCACAAUAAUUGAGUUGAAAGCAGAUUAUUAAAUGUUUUUACUGCUA